ACUGUGAGUCACUUCGGUGUAGGUUUUUUUAGCUUUAUUUUAUCUUUAUAUCGAUUUAAAAGUCCCUUUUACAUAAAAUGUUUACAGUGUUAUCGUGUGUUUUAUAUUUAUAAGUGUCAAUUGGAUUAUAUACUGCGGUAGAUGAUAAAUUACCGAGUAAACAUGGGAUUUGUAUGUCGUAUAUAUUUCCUAGUGUUAUUCUGUGUAUUUGUUGAUAAAACUGUGUCUCGAUCCAUCGAAGAUGAUGAGGAGCCUUUCCUCUUGAGGCCCAAGUAUACUACCGAUGAGGAAAUAUCGCCGAUGCUCCACGAUUUGGAGAAAACAUACCCGGAACUCGCUCGGGUGUAUUCUAUUGGGAAAUCGGUGCACGGACGUGAACUGUUGGUGUUGGAGAUUACCAAGGAUGUCCAAAGCAGACAUCCAGGAAGACCAGCCUUCAAGUAUGUUGCUAACAUGCACGGUGAUGAGUCUGUAGGCCGUCAGUUGGUGGUAUAUUUGGCUGUGUAUUUGUUAUUGAACUACGGGAAAGAUGACCGUGUGACCAGACUUGUGAAUACAACGGAAAUACAUUUAAUGCCGUCCUUGAAUCCUGACGGCUUUGCGAGUAGUAAGAUCGGCUGCGAAUCGCUCCAAGACUACGUGGGUCGGAACAAUGCCAACUUGAAAGAUCUGAACCGCGACUUCCCGGAUCAGUUCGAGGAGCACCACGCGGACACAGAGGAGUACAAGUUCGCGGGCCGUCAGCCGGAGACCCAGGCGCUGAUGCGGUGGCUGGCGAGGAAACAGUUCGUGCUGUCUGGCAACUUGCAUGGAGGAGCUCUGGUCGCCUCCUACCCUUACGAUGACUCCAAAAGUGGGAGAGACUGCUGCGUACCGAGUCUGUCACCGGACGACGCGGUUUUCAAGCACCUCGCGAGCACCUACGCGAACAAACACAAGGAAAUGGCUCGAGGGGACGCGUGUCCGCCCGAGAACUUUACUGGGGGCAUCACCAACGGCGCUGAGUGGUACGCUGUUAAUGGCGGCAUGCAAGACUACAACUACAUCCACUCGAACUGUUUCGAAGUGACUUUCGAGCUGUCCUGCUGCAAAUAUCCCGCGCCCGAGGAGUUGCCGAAGUUCUGGAAGGUCAACAAAGAGCCCCUCCUCGCUUACAUGGAGCAAACGCAUAUAGGUGUCACUGGUUUCGUCACCGAUGUCAACGGAAACCCCUUGGAGCACGUCAAAAUAAAAUUGCGGGAAAUUAGCCACAAUGUAGUGACGACUGACCUCGGCGAAUACUGGCGAUUAUUGGUGCCGGGCGUCUACCACGCGACUGCUGUGCUCGAUGGCUACGACCAGCCUGAUUGGGUGCAAGUGACAGUGCCAGCCAAUCAGACGGCGCCGCUGUCGGUCAAUUUCACGCUACAGCCCCACUCACGAAACACGGAGGUCCCCGAAGAAAUACCCGAGCAUAAAAGGACGGCUCGUCACAACGUCGACGGUAUUUCAGCGAGCGACUUCGUGCACCACGACUACCCGCGCCUGGAGCGCUUCCUCAGCGACCUCCGCGACCUCUACCCCGCCCUCACCCGGCUGUCCAGCCUCGGCCGCUCCGUGGAGGGCCGGGAACUGUACGUCUUGGAGAUCACCCGGGACCCGGGCAAGCAUUUACCAGGCAAACCAGAAUUCAAAUACGUAGCGAACAUGCACGGCAACGAAGUAGUGGGGCGGGAGCUACUCCUGCUUCUCGCCAAGUACUUAUGUCGGGAGUACACGAGCGGGAACCAGCGGGUGCAGAGGAUCCUGAACACCACGAGGGUGCAUCUCCUGCCCAGCAUGAACCCCGAUGGCUAUGAGAGGAGCACCGUUGGUGACUACAGCAGUCUAAUUGGCAGAGCGAACGCUCAUGAUGUGGACUUGAACAGAAACUUCCCGGACCAGUACGGGACACAUAAGGAGAAUGCGGUGACAGAACCAGAGACGCAGGCAGUGAUGAACUGGUCUCUGUCCACCCCGUUCGUGCUGUCCGCCAACCUGCACGGGGGCGCGCUCGUCGCCAACUACCCCUACGACGGCAACCCCUCGCAGGAGAGCGGGGUCGACAAUAUCACCCCGGAUAAUGAUGUCUUCGUGCAUCUCGCCCACGCUUAUUCUGAUGCUCAUCUGAAAAUGCACCUAGGUCUGCCGUGCCGCCACAAGGAUGUACCUAAAGAAGUGUUCGACGGGGGCAUCACCAACGGCGCACAUUGGUACGUCCUGUACGGAGGUAUGCAAGACUGGAACUACCUCCGCACGAGCGACAUGGAACUAACUCUGGAGCUGGGUUGCUUCAAGUUCCCGCCCGCGGCCGACAUCCCCACCUACUGGGAGGACAAUAAGGAGGCGUUGUUGAAGUAUAUCGAGGAGGUCCACAAAGGUGUCCACGGCUUCGUCCACAGCCACAUUGGCCACGGCCUCGCCAAUGCAACCAUCAGUGUACAGGGCAUCAACCACAAUGUACACUCGGCGGAGUUCGGCGAUUACUGGCGACUAUUGGUGCCGGGGACUUACAAUGUUACCGCUUCUAAACAGGGAUACGAGACCAUAACAGAAGAAGUGACCGUACCGGCGAACGGUUCUGUCAGCCUCAACUUCACGCUGAUGCCCGCCGACCACCACCACUGGUCCUCCGCCUACGAUUUCCGCGUGUUAGAGAACGUAAUCAACACGAAAUACCACACGCCGCUGGAGAUAUACGCGGAGCUGUCCGCUUUGGAGAACAAAUACCCUGAUAUUGCGGAGUUCCGCUCCGGAGACAGCCUCACCACCGCCACCUUCCACCAGCUCAAGAUGACACACGAGGUGGGUUCACCAGAGGAAGGGAAGCUCCACAUAGCAAUAAUAAGCAGUCUAUACGGCUCCCAGCCGCUCGGCCAGGAGCUGCUGCUCAACUUCGCGCGACACAUUGCCACAGCGUACACCAUUGGCGAGCCGCGACACCAGAAAACACUCAAAAACGCCAUCUUACAUUUCAUCCCCAAUCUCGAUCCUAUAUACAAGAAAAUUAUAGCACAAGUCGGUGACACUGACAAGUGCGUUAUACAAGCGCUAGAAGAGGAAUUCGGCGAUAGCCUAUACGAUUAUUUGACAAAGAAAAAUGUUAAUCCACUAUCGAAUUACACGCGCGAGAAAGCGUUUAUAGACAUGUUGCAAUCGGAGAAAUACGAUUUGGUUUUGGAGUUGGCGUCUGGGAAUGAAGACGUGGCGUAUCCUGAGCUAUCGAGGAACAUUUACGAGAAAUUCGCGAAUACCUAUCAGGAUAGUAGGACACCCAGUGAGGAGUACGAGUGUAGGGAUGUCAAAAUCAGCGCGACGCACGGGAAUCUGAUAGAUUUGCUGUGUGAGCGGUUCAAUACGCCCGUCAUAUCGGUGGGGCUCAGUUGCUGUAACAUGCCCAGGGAGCCGCAGAUCGGAUGGGUGUGGAGGAACAAUCUGAGGGGCAUCAUGAAGUUCGUAGAGCUGGUUAAUACCGGCGUCCGAGGCUACAUAAAGAACGAAGUGGGCGCCCCGAUGCGGGAGGCGGUGGUUGCCGUGACCGGUGUCGAGCGACAGUUCCGAGUGUCGCGCAACAUGGCCGCCUACCGCGUGAUGUUGCCCGCCGGGGACUACAGAGUUAUCGUGCGGUGUCACGGCUAUAGAGACCAGAUGUUAAAAUGGCGGAUAGUGGAGGGGGUAAUUAAAGAGAAGGACGUAAUCAUGAAGCGGAUCAACUCUGAGAGUUUGCCGGGCGGGCAGUACCCCGAGAUGCAGGUCGAUGAUGACGCCAAUGUCAUUUAUGUCACAGGUCUAGCGUUAGACCACGACAGCCAGCCGCUGGCCAAAGCGCUCCUCACAGUGACUCCGCUCGGAUCCAAGAAGCCAAUAGCCACAAACGCCAGCGACCACUCAGGCCAGUUCCUGCUGAGUUUGCCCGUGGACUACAUGGGCAAGGAAGUGGCUAUAGCGACCUCCAGCGACGGGUAUAUUGCUAAGCAGAGGCAUGUCAUGUUGAAUUCAGAAGAGAAGUUGACGCCAAACAUUCUGUUCAAGUUGGAGAAGGACGACUACGUGUUGGGGAUGCCCCGGCUUGUGUUCGUGAUGCUGGCGGGUGUGGUGGGCGUGGCAGUGGUGACCCUGGCAGCGUGGUGCUUCAGCUGCCGGCAGCGAGCCCUGGACUCCAGGCGGGAGUAUCUGUUCACGCAGAUACCUUCCGAGGACAAGCGGCCGUUGUGCGACAUCGCGAACUAUGAAAUAGUCCGUAAGCCUUACUACGACGAUGAAGAGAUCCCGCCCUCGGAAACAGAUUCCGAGGAAGAAAUCGUGUUAUUACGAAAUGACCGUGAAUGGCGGACCACAGAGUAAACAUAGGAAUAGACGCAACUACAACUGGCACUCGAUUUUACAAUUUAAAAAGAAAACAUUCCGAGUUCGUGCAUUUAAAUUUAAAUGUUGAAGAGUAUUAUUACAUACUCUGCGCACAAUCGAAUUUAUUUCUAUCUCUUUUUAACACGCCAAUGCUAAAAGGAGAUAAAAAAAAUAUUAUUUUGGCCUAGCCUUGUAUAUUACAUUAGUUAUUAAUUUGUUGUUAAUAUUGUGCAUUAGUUAAAUUUUUCUAUACACCUAUUUAAAUGUGUGAUAUCGAACUUGUAUUAAAAAAACUCGUAACAGGGUAAACGGAAUAUCAAUAUUAAAAAGAACUGUGUUAAAUAUAUGUAAUAUCCGUGUGAAUAAUAUUCAUAAUUAUCUUAAAUAAAAUACAGGUAGGGUAUUAUAAGAAAAAUAAUGUUAAAAUACAAAAUCUUUAAAAAAAUAUAUUUUAUGUAUUCUUAGUCAUAAUAAGUCAGAAUCGGCAAAAAAUUAUACCCAUGUUUUCUCAUUUAAGAUAUUGCGAUCUCUCGCCGUUCCGUUUCAGCAGUAUUAAUAUAAUAUAAUUGGAUAGCAAAAAGAAUUAAUCGUUGUUACUGCGCUCAAAUUUUUAAAACAAAAUAACAUUUGUAGAAAAAAAAUAUAUAGUGGAAUUUUACUUGUAUAUAGGUAUACCCUUCACUAUUCAUUUUAAUGAAAAAGUUGAUUGCUAAAACAAGUGCUUUUUUUAAAAAUAUUGCAUAAAACCAAUGUGUAAAGACAUUGGGAUUCGUGUCAUUUCUCUGCACUGAAGGACCUCACAGUCACAAAUCAUCUCUUUGAAUACAAUGUGAAUGUAGAUCUAUUCCUUUAUAAGUAUAUUUUUAUAUUUAUAUUUUAAUAGUUCUACAUUCACAGUUCAAGUGCCUUAUGAAAUACAUGAUAAUAUAGUAGAUAUGUACUAAGAGCAAUCAUAGAUCUUCCUAAAUGUAUAGUAUAAUUGUGUUCCUAGAAAGUAAUUCUAUCAAUUGUAUGCGUCAUCAUUUCACAUUCUUGAUAAUGUAUGUCUUAUGGAUGGUCAAAUUAGCCAAUUUUUUUUAACAUAGUUUGGUCAUAAAAUGUGCCUAUUUAUCCCUUGUUCACACGGGCAUCUGACGUCGGCACAUUAUACAUUCGACAUUCAACCUUACCGUCCAACGCACAGCAUUCAAAAUGCGGUAAAAAUACGUUGCCGUGUGAAUGGAUGAUCAUAUUUUGUUCUUGUCACACCAUUUUUAACGCGCUUUGAAAUAAUAGCUGUGCGACCUAAGGAUAAAUGUUAUAUUUGUGUAAUUAAAGGGACCAUGAAACGUAAAAUUAGGUAUUAUUAAAAAUUGUGUUUUGUGUUGUGAAUAAAA